UAACUCUCUCAGCACCCCUCCUCCUCCCUCUUCCCUAUUCUCUCUCUCCCCCGCAUUCCCAUCUCUCUCUCUCUCUCUCUCACACAAGGAGAGAUGAGCUGCAGCGGCAGUAAAGGAGAUAUUCUCCGUGUGCUGAGCGUCUGCUUUCUGAGCUCCCCGGACUUUCAGUGUGUGUCUGUCGGUGAGCCAGCGAGAGCCCCGGACUUUCAGUGUGUGUCUGUCGGUGAGCCAGCGAGCUCCCCGGACUUUCAGUGUGUGUGAGCCGCUCUCUGCUUCACUGAGAGAGAAGGAGAGAAGGAGGAGCAGAAAAGGGGGAGUACCUGAUUCCAGUCUCGCCCGCUGUGGGCUUAGAGGAAAAGGGAACAUCUCUUCUGGUACGAAGGCAGCAGACAGCCAAUGUGCCUCAACUAUAGGAACUAUACAACGACUGCCCUGCUGGGUGCUCUGGCUCUGCUUACUUCUACCAUGACAUAGCCUGCUCUUCUCCCAGGGAGACUAACCCACUAAGGGAACAGACAUGCACGGUGGGCACUACCAGGGAUCUAUGCUGCUGUCAGGUCCUGUUCAUCAGUGAUUUACCACGGAGGAACCAUGGUGAGCAAGGCGGAGGGAGAUAAAGGCAUGCUCACCAACUCCGAGUCGGACUCAGAGGUGGCGCCCACCCCCUCCCCUUCCGCCUCGCUGGCCCUGGAGGUCAAAUACUCCUUCCUGGACACCAGCAGCAGGUCACAGCAGCAGGUACGGAAGAGAAACAAGGCCCUCCAGGUGAGAUUCAAGGACAUCUGCGAGGCGCAGAACGAGCAGAGAGAGGCCGCUCUACAGAUGGCCGGGAAGGGGGGCAAGCCAGGCUCCUACAAGGUGGCGUACCGCAAAUACAUGACAGUACCCGCUCGGCGCUCCAUCCCCAACGUCACCAAGAGCACAGGGGUCCAGACCUCCCCGGACCUCAGGAGCCGUUACAAGACCUUUCCCAUGGAGAGGAAGAAGGGCCACAGCCACACCAAGCAAGUGGAAAGAGACAAGGGCCACAACAAUGGGUUUGUCAUCGACGUCAAGCACUCCAGAGCUGUGGACCGUUUAGGGGACAGGGGAGCCUGCGGUGGAGGAGGAGGAGGAGGAGGAGCAGGAGGAGUACAGAGAACCAGAGCUGUGGACCGUUUAGGGGACAGGGGAGCCUGCGGUGGAGGAGGAGGAGGAGGAGCAGGAGGAGUACAGAGAACCAGAGCUGUGGACCGUUUAGGGGACAGGGGAGCCUGCGGUGGUGGAGGAGGAGGAGGAGUACAGAGAACCAGAGCCUUGUUGCAUACUACGGAGUGCAUGGCUACGGUGGAGAAGCACUGUACAGACGACGUCCUCUACUCUGACUGUCUGAUGCUCACAGACGGCCCCUCUCCCUCCAACACGCCCGACUCCAACCCACAGGCCACCGACUAUCAGAUCUGCAACAUCGAAUCAAACCCACAGGCCACCGAUUACCAGAUCUGCAGCAUCGACUCCAACCCACAGGCCACCGACUACCAGAUCUGCAGCAUCGAAUCAAACCCCCUGGAAGGAUUAGAACACAGGGAACUGGACUCCUCGGACCGUCCGGCCGGUAAACGGCAGCUGCUCCACUCGGAGGAGCCAGGCUCUAGCAGGACUCUGCCGGGGGACAUGAGAGGGUCUUCCUCAGCCUCCAAGGUGACCGGCCCCAUCUCCUGGAACUCUCUGACCCAGGUGGAGUGUCUGGAGAGCCCGACAGCACGGAGCAAACGAAUGAAGGGACUGGAGCUCAAUGGACUACAGUCUCAGACUCUCCCGCGGGCCGCUGGCUGCACUACUCAGGCACAGUGUCAUGAACCGGCAACGUUCUCAUCACAGACGUUCUCGCCACAGACGCUGUCAGCCCGGACCACGGGGGAGGCGCUGGGCUGUAGGAGUAGCGGGGUCGAACCAGCGACCGUAGCGACUGCGGGGGGAGUUAACCCCGGGGGGGCCUGUAAGCAGAUAGUACCAGUACUGACUCAGAAAGGGGAGGGAGGAGAGGACGUGAAAUCACAGCUUCAGGCCAUGGAGAACCUGAUCUCCUCCAGCCAGGAGACCAUCAAGGUCCUGCUGGGAGUUAUACAGGAGCUGGAGAAGGGAGAGGCCCACAGAGAGGGCCUCUCCUAUCGAACCGGACAGGACACGGCCAACUGUGACACGUGUCGGAACAGCGCAUGCAUAAUUUACAGUGUGGAGCUGGACUUCAAACAGCAGGAAGACAAGCUGCAUCCCCUGAUGAAGAGGCUGUGUCCUUUAGAGGACCCACACUUCUCUCUGCCUUACCCCCCUGAGGCCUUCACCUCCACCCCUAAACGCAAGGCCAAGGCCGACUCCAAGAAGCACGCCAGAUGGAAACUCUGGUUCCUCUGAGACACAGCAGGAAUAAUAUCCAAAACCCCAAACGUCGUCGUCUUAGGUCAGACAGAGCAACAAGUUGAGGACUCCGUCUGCACUGCGGGAUGAGGGACGAGCGUCGGAGUGACGUCACCUAUUGGAUUUACGGAAGACAAUGGCCCGAACUCUGAUUCAGCAGGAUACCUUUGAUUUAUCCAUCUAUCGAUUUAUUCAUCUUUUGGAUCACAACAAAAAAACAGAAUCCCAAUGAAAGGUUUUUCAUGGCCCGGUAACCUCAAUCUAUCUGAAACUGGUGAGCCCUUCUAAUAAUGACAAUAAUGGAUAUUAUUGAACUGGGUUUUUUGGUUUUGGAAAGAGCGGCAGGAUCUGUAAAAAGAAAAACAUGAA